AUGCAGCCUUGGGUGGAAGAGGUGGCAGCCUUGGUGGAAGAGGAGGCAGGAGCCUUGGUGGAAGAGGUGGCAGCCUUGGUGGAAGAGGAGGCAGGAGCCUUGGUGGAAGAGGAGGCAGCACGCUCAUCAUCUAAAAAGUGUUUCCUUCAUUAUACACAAAACUUUAUGACACCUUGUGUAAUCAUGCAAAAAAUUCUAGUGGGAAAUAUACAAAGUCAUUUUCAGAUGUUCUUAAAAGUUUUUCAAGUUGUGGAUCUCAAUAUUGAUUUCCUGUUCCUGUUGAUAUUUUUUCUCUUUGUAGUUGCGUCAUUUCUUGAAAAAUCUCAUAAUCUUAUUCUGAAUUUUCACUCCAUGUUCUCAUCUAUAUCGGCCCGUGACAGAGCUCAGGGUCGGAUCCCCGCUGCCGUCUUCUCCCUCACCGCAGAAAACAGCUCCAAGCAGCUUCUUACGACUGAAACUAAGCAGAUUGAUUCUAUUCUUACUAAGUUGGAUCCUUCCUUCUUCUGCUCCACCACUUUCAAGCUUCAAGUUCGGGCCGGGUCCGGGUCUUCUGUUCUUCUUCAUUCUGGAAAUGUCCUCCCUAUUAAGCUUGCGAGAAAUGAGGAGACAGGGGAGGUGAUGAAUAUGGUGUUUGUGUGGGCGGAAGAAGGAUCGAAGUUAGAAGUUGAUGUGCCCGUUGUUUUCAAGGGUGUAGAUUCUUGUCCUGGCCUUAAGAAAGAAUGCAUCCCUCAAAAGAUCGAGGUGGACAUUAGCAAUUUGGACAUUGGAGACCGGAUCUUUAUGAAAGAUAUUGAGGUUGAUCCGUCAUUGAAGCUUUUAAGUGGGAAUGAUACAAAACCUAUCUGCAAGAUUGUGGCUUCAGAAGUAGAAAAUCAGUUUGCAGGUAGGUGAAGGGGGUCGAUAAAUGAAUUGAUCCACUAGAUGCAUACCCUCUGAUGUCUGCAGCACUAGUAGCAAGCCUGAUUUAUUUUUUGGUUCAGACAGAUCAUUAUGUUGCUUGAGAUUUAAGUAUAGAGCUGACUUUUUCUUAUGUGAGCUAAGCUACUUCUGUAGAAGUUAAACAUGGAACUACUGUUGUUUACGCAUGAGGUUUUUAUUCUCAAAAGAAAUAUGUCUGUAAAAUUGUACCUGAUUUUUCUAUUAGUAUUCGCUUUCUAUCACUGUUACUGCCUGCUUAACCUUUUACUUACUAUUCUUACAUGUUUAGUGCUGUGGUUUGGUUAUACUAAUCCUUUUUGAAUGAUGUCAAAAGGGGGAAUGUUUAGCACAAACUUAAAGGUAUGCUUGAUCUAUGAUAUAGUUCAAUAUGUUGACUGAAAGGAAGUUGUUGCUCUGAUUAUCUAAGUUGCUCUGAACUGCAAUACAUAAUAACAUUGUUUACUUUGAUGUUAAAUUUGUUUACUCUGAUGUUGUUAAAUUGCUCUGAUCAAACUGUUUUGAAUGUUAGCUCUGAUGACAUAAUUGUUUUGAUUUGAAUAUUUCUGAUGAUAAUUUAUAUAUGAUAUUCUGAUCAUGUUUGUUUAUAUGCUCUGAUCAUGUUUUUACUAAGAUUAAUAUAUGCUCUGAUCUUUGUGUUUACUGAGUCACUUUGAUAAAAUCAUGAAUUUCUUUGUUGCUCUGAAAAUUUUCACAGAAAUUGAACUUUAGAUACUCACUGGAUUAUGUUAACUAUUUUUGGAAAUUAUUAAAAACAUAAGUGUUUAAUAUUAUGUUUUUAUAUUUUAUAUGUAGAGUUAUCUGUUCUGAUUUAGAUGCUUGGUGAAUUAUAUUGUAACGAGUUGAUUUACUAAGCUAUGUAGAGUUGCUUUAAUCUCUAGCAUGCUCUAUACUUUUGUUUUACUCUAUUUUUAUU